GUUUGAGAUCCAUAAGAUCUCUCCUUGAAAUUCCAAAAUUUCCAAAUCUCCAUGAAAAAUGUGUCCAUCAGAAGAAACUCAAGAACUCAAUCCAAAGCCAAACUUCAACAAGGAAGAAGAUGUUGUAGAUGAUGAAUCCCAACUACCCUUUAGAGCCUCAUCACAACAAUAUCAUCACCAUCAUCAAGAAAAUGUUACUAAAAAAGAAGAAAAAGAAGAAGAAGAUGGUCAUCAUCAUCAUCAAGAGGAUAAAAAUGGCACCAACAACAAAAUGAUGUUUUUCUUUCCUUCUUCAUUUAAAUCAGUCUUGCUAGAACCAUUUGAAUGGCUUCACAUGUUGUCUUCAAGGCUGGAUUCAACCUUUGUUCUCGGCGUCAUCUUAGUCUACGGCCUUAGCCAAGGAUUUGCGCAACAUUUCUUCAAAGUAGUCUCAGAUUACUAUUGGAAAGAUGUUCAGAAAGUGCAACCUUCAGCAGUUCAACUCUUCAUAGGGUUAUACUACAUCCCAUGGAUCCUGAAGCCGAUUUGGGGGCUCAUGACCGAUGUUUUUCCGGUUAGGGGUUACAAAAGGAGGCCAUAUUUUGUAUUUGCUGGGAUCUUGGGGACUGUUUCAGCUAUGGUUUUGGCUUUGAGUGGUAAUUUAGCCAUUGUUUUGGCUUUGUUGCUUCUGAUUGGAAUAAUGACUGGAAUAGCCAUUGCAGAUGUUACUAUUGAUGCUUGUAUUGCUAGGAAAAGCAUUGAAAUCAAGUCUUUGGCUCCUGAUAUGCAAAGCCUUUGUAUGUUUUGUAAUUCUGUUGGUGCACUUUUGGGGUAUCUCUUUAGUGGCUUUUUUGUUCAUCAUCUUGGUGCUCAGGGGUCACUUGGACUUUUGGGGAUACCAGCAGCUGCAAUGGUGGCACUGGGAUUUAUGAUGAAGGAGUCAAGAACAGUUAAUGAUCACCACCACUCCGAGAAGAAGAAGGCAAUGGAGAACUUAGGAACAGCAGUGAAGGGAAUGUAUAAGACCAUAAAAAUCCCAGAUGUAUGGAAACCUGCUUUGUACAUAUUUUUUUCCCUAGCCAUGAGCAUUAGUACACAUGAAGGCCAAUUCUAUUGGUUCACUGAUCCUAAAGCCGGUCCUGCAUUCUCUCAGGAAUUUGUGGGUAUGGUGUAUGCAAUUGGUGCAUUGGCAUCCAUAGUUGGGGUUCUAAUAUACCACAAAACCCUAAAAGACUAUCCCUUCAGAAGUUUGUUAUUUUUUGCACAACUCCUCUACGCUUCUGCCGGAAUGCUAGAUGUCGUAUUCGUCCGGCGGUGGAAUCUAGCCAUCGGAAUCCCAGAUUACUUCUUCGUCAUCACCGAAGAAUGCGUUUCGAGAAUCAUCGCGAGAAUCAGGUGGAUGCCGAUGAUGGUUUUGAGCAGCAGAUUGUGUCCCUUGGGAAUUGAGGGCACUUUUUUCGCGCUGUUAAUGUGCAUUGACAGCCUUGGCUCGCUGACGGCUAAAUCAGCUGGCGGUGUUGUUUUGCACCUUUUUCAUGUCACCAGAACUGACUUCCGGAAUUUGUGGCUUGUGCUUCUCAUUAGAAACCUCUUGAGGUUUGGUACUUUGGCUUUGAUUUUCCUUCUUCCCGAUUCCAAUCACUCGAGUCUAGUUGUCUCGGUGGAUAACACAAAGACUCACAAGGCGGCCGCUGUUGGUGUCCUUGGCGGCGCCGGCGACGAUGACAAUCUACAACUUGUACCGUUGAAUGAGAAAAUUGAUGUCUGAUUUUUUUUCCAUUUUUUAACACACACAUUUAUGUUCCUUCCUCCUCCGUCCAAAAAAAUAGUGCACAUAGAAUAAGUCAUAUUCAUCCAUUAAAAGUGAAAGUGCUAAGAAUUGAACACAUACAAAUCCAACUUCGACGUCCCAAAAAUAUUCGACGUG